CGUCUGGUCUUCAGGUGUUGCCGUGCGGACUUGCCGUCUUGGUCAGAGUUCGUCGUGCCGCAGGCCCGAACUCAGGUGAAGUCGAAGUGUCUUCGUUCCUCUGCCGGUCUGCCCUUCGUUUCUCUCUCUUUCUCUUCAGACCACUUAAUCCUCUAACGUUUCGGAUGCCAGGGCUAGGAUGCCAUGAAAGCCGAGCUUAAAUGAUAGGGUUUCUGCGAAAAGAUGCUGAUACAUAAAUGCUUAAGAUUCGGGUCUUUUACUUCCGAGAUAUUCAACAAAAGGAUUAUUGUGUGCUCUUUUUCUUCUCUAAAUACGUUAUUUCCUUUGACACCAACGCCCCAAGGACCUGGAAAUUUGCCAACAAGGGACGUUGCCUUAUCCUUCAAGGAAUGGUUCAAAUUCGGACAAGAUCCUUUGAUCAGACAGAUUUUCAAGAUAUUGUCUUCUCAAGAUGAUGCCUUGGCCUCAUUGGCGCUCUCUCGAUUGGGGCUGCGCCUCACAGAACCAUUCGUUUUGAAAGUUUUGAAUCAUGGGGAAGAUGUGUUAUUGUGUUUGAAGUUCUUCGACUGGGCUGGGCGGCAACCAGGGUACUAUCACACCCGUGCAUCGUUCAAUGCUAUCUUUAAAAUUUUAUGUAAAAAGAAACUGAUGUCAUUCAUGUUAGAUUUUCUAGAUACAUAUACCAAACAGAGGUAUAUGCACAAGGUCAGAUUCCAUGAUACUGUUAUCAUGGGAUAUGCGAUUGCUGGGAAGCCAGAUGUUGCGCUCAAACUGUUCGCAAAAAUGCGGUUUCAGGGGCUUGAUUUAGAUUCUUUUUCCUACCACGUACUUCUCAAUGCGUUGAUAGAGGAGAAUUGUUUUGACGUGGUUGAGGUAAUUUUGAAGCAGAUCAGAAUGAGGGGUUUUGAUAGCGAGGUAACAUCUUCUAUGGAAAUCAAGAGUUUUUGUAAGCAGAACCGGUUACAGGAGGCCUGGGAUUUCCUCCAUGGGUUGAAGAGUAAUAGAAGGAAAUUAAGUGAACAUGCAGUAGUUGCUCUUGUGAAUGCUCUGUGUGAGAAGAAUAAGUUCGAGGAGGCGGGUCAAUUGAUGAAGGAGUUUCAGGAGUUCAGUGAAGUCAACAUGGAUGCCAUUUAUAGUGUCUGGAUUAGGGAUCUUGUUAAAGCUGGAAAAGUGGAUGGAGCUAUUGAAUUUAUGCAGAGUAAAAGGUUAUUAGAAGGAUAUGUGCCUGGUGUAUUCCGAUAUAAUUUUUUGAUCUGCAAGCUUCUGAUGCAAAACAGGCUCCAGGAUGUCUUUGAUUUGUUGAUGGAGAUGCAAGAGAGGAAGUUGUUUCCUGAUAAAGUCACCAUGAAUGCAGCUCUGUGUUUCUUCUGUAAAGCUGGAAUGGUGGAUGUGGCACUUGAAUUUUAUAAGUCAAGGUCAGAAUUUGGUCUCUCCCUUAAUAGUAUGGCUUACAACUAUCUCAUUAACACUCUUUGUGGGGAUGGAAGUUUUGAGGAGGCAUAUCAGGUCUUAAAAAAUUCCAUUGAUCAUGGUUACUGCCCUGGUAGAAAAACCUUUUCCGUUCUUGCGGAUGCUUUAUCGAGGGAGGGGAAGUUGGAUAAGCUGGAGGAGGUGGUUAAUGCAUCCCUGAAGUGGAAUAUCAUGCUAAGUGAUGCUGUAUAUGAUAAAUAUAUCACAGCUCUUUGCAAGGCUAGAAGGGUAGAAGAUGCUUACCUCAUACAUGGGGAUCUUAAUAGACCAAAUAAAGUUUCAUAUAGGGAGAAAACUUAUAUUAACAUGAUACGUGGUUUUGUCAAAUCAACUAGGGGGGACAUGGCUUCCAGGGUUUUGAUUGAAAUGCAAGAAAAUGGGCAUACCCCAAAACGGAACUUAUAUAGAGCUGUCAUCCGUUGUCUGUUAGAUAUGGACAAUUCAGAAAUCCAGUUUAUGAAAUUGCUGGAGGUGCAGUUGUCUCGCCAUGAACCCGACUGUCGUGAUUACAACUUUUUCAUUGAUGGGGCUGGGCAUGCUAAGAAACCUGAGCUGGCGAGAAAAGUAUUUGAGACAAUGACAAGAAAUGGGCUGGUGCCCAAUUUGAGUUCCUACAUACUGUUGCUGCAGAGUUAUCUGAAGAGUGAACGUAUAUCUGAUGCCCUGAGCUUCUUUCGUGAUUUGUGCAAGACAAGGAAGAUGGAGAGAAAAUUGUACAAUACCAUGAUAGUUGGUCUUUGCAAAGCAAGGAAGCCAGAUCUGGCACUAGAGUUUGUGAGAGAUAUGAAGGACAAGGGAUUGGUGCCAAGUCUCGAAUGUUAUGAGGAACUUGUAAAGUCCUUCUGCUCAAAUAAGGACUAUGACUCGGUGGCGAAGAUUAUUUGUGACUUAGAGAAAGUUGGUCGUUAUCCUUCUUCCUUUAUCAUCAAUGUGCUUUUGUUUCAUUCCUUGAAUAGCCGGGAACUUUUUGAUGCUUGGUCCCGGUCAGGAAAUCUGUAUGGAGAGGAAUCUUCAUAUGGAAGGUUGACACUUGGUGAGUUGGUUGGUAUAUUUUCUGCUCAAAUCAGAGGGAAUCAACAUAUUGAAAAUUUGGAUGAAAUGAUUCAACAGUUCUUUCCACUUGACGUCUUCACAUACAAUAUGUUGUUGAGAAAACUAUGCAUGAGUGAAACAAUGGACUUUGCUGAGAAGUUGUUUGAUAGGAUGUGCAACAGAGGAUAUAAACCAAACCGAUGGACUUACGACAUAUUAGCACAUGGUUUCUUCAAACAUGGUAGGAUAAUGGAAGGUAGAGAAUGGGUGUAUAAGAUGAUUCAUGAGGGGUUUUCCCCCACUGAAAGUACAAAACAAUUUAUGUAACAGGUAUAUACUGAUGGCAGAGCCUGAUCACAUCUUUGUAAAUCCUCUCCCUAACUUGUCACAUGGAGGAUAUCCAGCAGCAUUCCCAU